AAUUUUGAAAAAAAAAAAAAAAAAAAUGUUUUCUUAGUUUUUGUUAUAAAAUUUUGUAAAAUAAGUGAUUUUUCUCCUUUACUGAUGUGCGCUAAUGAAGCUGUAGUGAUGGUCACUGAUAAGAUGCACUGAUGGGCACUGAUAGGUGGCACUGAUGGGCACUGAUAAGGUGGCACUGAUAGGUGGCACUGAUUGGCAGCACUGAUAGGUGGCACUGAUUGACAUUGAUAGG